AUGUCCUACAACAACAACAACAACUCCAACCCUAGAAAGUCGCCAUCAAGAAAAUCUCCAAGAAGAGGCUCUAGAGACGAAAAGGUGAAAACCAACAACAAUGUCGAGUCCAAGUCUUUAGACGAUAUCAUUCUCGAACUUGUUGUUAAAUUCAUCAUGAAUUGCCCUGAGGAAGAACACGAAAACUUUGAUCGUUUGUUCUUCCAGAUCGAAGAAGCCUUUUGGUUCUAUCUCGACUUUUAUAGAGAACAAAAUCCUUCCCUUCCAAAAUUCAAUCUCAACCAAUUCGCUGACCAAGUGUUCCUUGUUUGUCCUCAUCUCCAGCCUUUCCGUAAGAGCGUUGAUGAGCAUAUUCAAUCCUUCAUCAAUUACAAGACUAGUGUUCCUGUUUGCGGUGUGAUUCUACUUGAUGAAACAUUGGAGAAUAUCCUUCUUGUCAAGGGUUACAACUCCAAGUCUUGGUCCUUCCCUAGAGGAAAGAUUAACAAGGAUGAAGAAGAGUUUGCUUGCGCAAUUAGAGAAGGCAGAGAGGAAGUUGGUUUCGAUUGCUCUCAAUACAUUUUGAAAGACCAAUUCCUCGAAGGACGAUUCAAUGAACAAUUGGUCAAGCUCUUCAUUGCUCCUUUUGUCCCUUCAUCUACCAAGUUCUUGACCCAAACCAGAAAGGAAAUUUCUCAAAUUGCUUGGUUCAAUGUUGCUGACAUUAUCAAGAAGCAAGCAAAAGGAAAUUUCUGGCCUGUCAAGCCUUUCUUGUCCGAUCUUCAACAAUGGGUAACCAAGUUCAAGACUGGUAAUAGAUUGGCUUCUGUUCCAAAGAAACAAACCCCAUCCUCUCCUCCAAGAACUCCUCCAAAACAAAUUAGUAGGCUAUCCACUAACUCCCAAACCCCAAAUCCUUUCGAAAAGCACACUCCAAAUCUUCAGCUUUUCGGAAGAAAUCCAUCUUCCCCUCACAACACUUCUCCUGCUAUUAGCUACACCACUUGUGAUGACAACUCUUGGCUAACUAGUUUCUCGUUCACCAAUCUAGUGUAA